AUGCACAUUUGUUUGUCCUGGAAUUCUGAAAAUUUGAAGAAAGAAAAGAGUAAAAAUUAAAGUAAACCGCUUGGUGAUCCUCUGUUGAAAGCCCCACGCUGUUCCAGAAUGAAGGAGAACUGUGCUCCUGGCCCACACUCACGCUGCUGUGACCCUUGUGCCUCCUGCCACUGCCGCUUCUUCAACACCAUCUGCCGCUGCUGGAGACUGGGCCAUCCCUGUCAGAGAAACGAUUAAGAUAGCUGCAGAUAAGAUAGCUGCAGUGUGAUGUGCUUUACGGUUUGCUAAAGUAGCCAGCCACCGCUUUUCUCAAAUAAGCCACAGCCGCAGUCUGCUUUAACGCAGAUUAUAAACAACGCAUCAUCCAACUUCUGUGGGAAGUUGUAAAUAGUCAGGUUUAGGGCUCGUGCUUAAGUUCCCGCAGAAUUAGGCUGGGCUUAAUCACCUGUGUGCGUUUUUUUCCUGCGAUUCCACGAAUAUUCAAUUCAAUUUUAUUGACAUGACGCUUCUAACAAUGAACGCUGUCUCACAGAACAUGAGAAACAAAAAACAUGCAAACAGUACUAGAUGUUUAGACAAAAUGAUCCCUAGCGAGCAAGCGACUGUGGCGAGGAAAAACUCCCUUAGAUGGAAUGAGGAAGAAACCUUGAGAACCUCAUCCUCAUUUGGGUGACACCGGAGAGUGUGAUAUGAACCUCUGCAUUUCUGUAUAGUCGACUGUGUGAGGUAGAAUGUUAGAAUAGAAUAGAGCCAUGACUCAAUCAGCCGUAACCUCUGAGCCACAACAUACUGAACGUUUGGUCCAGAUCCAAAGAUUCGCUUCUUUUCUCAUGCACAAACUUUUGCUGAGAUAAAUCCAUUCCUUUAUGUUACGAUGAAAAAAUACUCUCUCCAUCAUGACUCCAGAAGUCAAAAUAAGUUGUUAAACAGAACAUCUGCCUGAGAAAUGAUUAUUAUUU